AUGACCGGUGGUACUUUGCGGUUGGACAAUUUUAUAAGAUUCAUCUCUCUUACUGCGUCUGUAUUGGUUCGGGUUGUAAGGCAGGUAGGGACACUGACUUGGGUCAAAAGGUCAAGAGGGGUCAAACGAGAGAUGCAACAUACAAGAAAAGCCUUGGGUUGUUUGUAUGGACAGGUAAUCGGUGAUUCAUUAGGAUCGCGGUAUGAAUUUCAACCUGCCUCAGUAGUUCAACAAAUGAUAAUCAAUGAUUCGGUACAGUCUUUCCUACCGAUGAUUGGUGGUGGGCCGUUUCAAUUAUUACCAGGACAGCCAUGCAACUUUCUAUUGCAUUACCGAUAA